AUGGCUGGUAUGAGUAAAUUACCUGCUGUUUAUCGUCAUGGUUUUAUGUUAGCAUCAUCCAUGGCUUUAUCUUAUUGGGUAACAGUUAAAUGGCUUCGUGAACGAUCUAAACAAUUAUUAGCGAAAGAUAUCAAUUCGUCUAUAAAAUCUCAUUUGACAAAGCAAGAUCAAAAUGUUGCUGUUGACAAGAAAUUUUUCCGAAAGCUUAUUAUUUUACUUAAAAUUCUCAUUCCAAGAGUAUUCUGUGGAGAAAGUCUGUUCCUUGUAUUGGUUGCUAUAUCACUAGUAGCACGUACUUAUGCUGAUGUAUGGAUGAUUCACACUACUACAUCUGUUGAAAGUGCUAUUAUUGGACGAAGUUCAAUUCUAUUUAAAGAAUGUCUUAGUAGAUUUGCCUAUGCAAUGCCAUUGCUUGCAUUCGUUAAUAAUGCUCUUAAAUAUACUGUUGACGAACUUAAAUUACGUUUUCGAAAACGUUUAUCAUUACAUUUAUAUGAUCAAUAUCUUAAAGGAUAUACUUAUUAUCAAAUAAAUACACUUGAUAGUCGUAUUUCUAAUAUUGAUCAAUUAUUAACACAAGAUGUUGAAAAAUUUUGUACAAGUGUUGCUGAUCUUUAUACAAAUAUUUCUAAACCAUGUAUGGAUAUAGUUAUUUAUGCAAGAAAACUCUCAGGAACAAUAGGUUUAAGUGGACCAUCUUUAUUAGUACUUUAUUUAAUUUGUGCAGGUCUUGUUUUAACAAGAUUACGUCGUCCUAUUGGACGUAUGACAGUUGCUGAACAACAAUUUGAAGGUGAAUUCCGUUAUGUUAAUUCACGUUUAGUAACAAAUUGUGAAGAAAUUGCAUUUUAUAAUGGUAGUCGUCGAGAAAAAAUGAUUAUACGUGAUGGUUUUGAACGAUUGAUUAAACAUUUAAGAAGUUUAAUUAUUUUUCGAUUAGUUAUGGGUUGUAUCGAUAGUGUAAUUGCUAAAUAUAUAUCAACAUGUGUUGGAUAUUAUGUUGUUAGUCGACCAUUUUUAGAUCCAAGAUAUGCAAGACAUACACGUAGUACAUACAAUGAACUUUUAGAGGUAAAGAAAUAUAAUCAAUGCUUUUUAUAUUGCC